CCUGAGGCGAGUUCUUCUCCCACAAACACUGCUAGAUCGACCUCUGGGAUGAAUAUACGAAGUUCAACUCUCAGUUGGGUGUGAUUGUCGCGUGACGUAAGGCUGACCUGGCCGCGCUCGGCCCGCCAAGCCGCGCCGCGUCCGCGCCCCAUCCGCCGCUUCGUCUCGACGCUCAUGCGCGUUCCCCGAUGUCGAACGACUUCUACAACCCCAAUGCCCCGGCCCUCCUCGACUUCCUCAGCAGCGUCCCCUGGCCCCUCACAUCCGUCCUUGUCGGCCUCUCCCCCAUCAUCGCACGCAUCCGAGGUGCCGUCGAAAUCACCAGCUGGCGCACUUCCUGGUAUGAUAGCUGGCUCGCGGUAGCAGCAUGGUGGGCUCUAUGCCUGUUCGCCGACGCGACUCUACGAUACUUGCUUCCCAUAGCGCUCGUGCUCGCACUGCUUCUCGCCAGAUGGACAGGACGGCCGCUUCCCAACUCCCCGCCGAUCAAUGAGCAGACGCUACAAGCUGUGAUUGCCGACCUCACCACCAUUCACGCCCUCCUCCCCUCCCCACCACCCAUCCGAAUAACACCCAAUGUCGUUGUGCGCGUAUGUGCCAUCAGCUACCUUCCAUAUCUGUGGAUCACCUACUUCAUCCCGCUCCGUAUACUCCUUGGUACUGUUGGCUCUCUCACGCUCUGCGCUCGUGCACCAUGGGCUGCUACUCUUGGUCGGCAACUCUGGAAAAGCGCAUGGGUGCGCUGGGCAUGCUACACGGCAUGGGCGCGCCUCUCCGGCCAGCGACUCCCACCCCUCCGCCUCGCCGCGUCCCAACUGUCCGAAAACAUGCCCGAACCCACCGACUCCCGCCGCAUCCUCUUCACCGUCCUCGAGAACCAGCGCUGGUGGAUGGGCCUGGACUGGACCGCCGCCCUCCUCCCCAACGAGCGCCCCUCCUGGUCCUCCCCCGCCGCCACCGGCUUCCAGCCCGCCAAUCCCCCUUCCGUCUUCCCCCUCCCCCCACCCAGCGUCGUAUACCUUCCCGACGGCAAGGGCGGCCGCGUGCGGCGCACCGCCAUCUGGUCCUGGGACGACCCCGAGUGGACCGUCGUCGUCCGCGCCGAGGGCGGGCCCGCGCGGCACGUCCGCCGCCCGCUCCCCGUGCCCGAGGGCGAGAACUCGGGGCUCCUGAUGCGCGCGGCGGGCAUGAUGAAGGAGUCCGCGACGCUGCAGCAGCUGAACUCGCCCACUGUCGCCGCCAAUCCCACAGACGCUGGUGACGCGGCGACCGUCGACUCCGAGCACGAUCACCUCGCCGAGGACGAGCUGCCGACGGACCCGGAUGGGUGGAUAUACGGGGACAACAAGUGGGAGUCGCAGAGCGCGAAGGGCGGAUUGCGCAAGUACACGCGCUUCCGCCGCUGGCAGCGCGUUGCGAUCGUGCACGAGAUUGUUGAACCCGCCGAACCUGGCCCUUUGGGCGUCGCGCACGAGUCGGGGCCGGAGGAGACGACGCCGACGCCCCGCGCCAAAUCCCCGCACGCGCGGUCGAAGUCGCCUUCACUUUCGCCUGGGAUGGCGGCGAAGGGUCUGCCCACUGUCGCCUCGACGAACAGCGCGCCAAUCGGUUCUGUCGAGACGCCACACCUGUCUGGGGAACGACGCUUCCGCUCAGGCGAGCGAAGUCUCUCGCCACACUCGACCAUCUCCUCCACCUCGCUCGAGCCCUCGCCAGAACGCAGCCGAUUGGCAGACAACUCACUGUACUCAAGUUUCGAGGCGAAGACAGCGGCCGAUGGCAAGGCAGCCGCCGACUCGAGCUCGCACGAACCGAAGGAGAAGGAAAAGGUCGACCCCGACAAAGACCACAAGCUCUCACGCGCCAGCCCCCUCUCCGAAACCUCCGCGCGCCCCAACGCCGCGACCGAAAGUCCACUGCGCCAACGCCUGCGAAACGCCAUCCAUCGCGCGGCGCCGUCGAUGGGCGGUGGGCUGGGCGGUAUGGGUGGUGGCUGAGGGGGUUGAUGAUACCCAUCGGGGGAGGGUUACAACAGACCCACGCAAGAGGCUGUAAUUACUACUAGGCCGGGGUGAAGCGAUGAACUGUGUAUAUAUACUACCUCCUGUAUAAAUGAUCCUACAUGCACGCUCUCGAACUCUGACCUUUCGUUCUCCACUACAAGGUCUGCCUAGCAGUACUCUAUAGGCUAGUGAGGGGGCUGAUACGCUCCUGGUGGAAGCGUUGGGACCGGUUGGUACGCGUCACGCGCUGGCGAACCCAUGAGCUCGACGAUACUCGGUGGCCGAGUCGAAUAAGCAGGUGGUUGCAGUUCAUGCGCAGGUGGUUGCAGCUCGUGCGCCGGUGGCGGCAAUGGCAGUGGAC